GGGUGCCGCGCGGCGCGGCCUGGCGGACGACGAUGACAGCGGAGUUUGACGACGAAGUGGUUUUUGAGAAUUCCCCACUUUAUCAGUACUUGCAGGAUUUGGGUCACUCUGACUUUGAAAUAUGCUCUUCUGUGUCACGGAAAGCAGAACGAUGCUCAUCAGAAGAAGAGCAACAAGAGCAGGAUACCCAGAAGUCAUCAAACUGUCUUUCCUUACAGCAAAGCAUCCUCUUAAAAGUGGCUGAAAUUGCCAAAAACUGGAUCUCCCUACCACCAUUCAAUAAGAAAGAUGAUUUACUUCACAAGCUGGAUGUUGGAUUCCGACUUGAUUCACUUCGUACCAUCCUGCAACAGGAAGUUUUGCUACAGGAGGAUGUGGAGCUGAUAGAACUACUUGACCCCAGUAUCCUGACUGCAGGGCAGCCUCGGGAAGCUGAAAAUGGACACCUUCCAACAUUACUUUCCCUAGCAACUCCUAGUAUUUGGGAUGUCUCACUGCUGCUUGCCUUUGUUAGCAGUUCCAUCAUGUUUCCUUCUUGGUGGAGCGUAUCUUCCUGGUUGAUGUGGGGACUGGUCCUGAUUGUUUACAUGGUCAUUCGAGCUCUGAGCUUUUGGAGGACAGCCAAAUUGCAAAUAACACUGAGAAAACACAAUGUCCAGCUGGAAGAAGCAGCAGUAAAUAGCCGAGCUUUCACCAAUCUUGUGAGAAAAGCUUUGAGACUCAUUCAAGAGACUGAAGUUAUUUCCAGAGGAUUUACCCUUUUGCUUGACAGGGUCAGUGCUGCUUGCCCAUUUAAUAAAGCCGGACAGCACCCUAGUCAGCAUCUCAUCGGCCUCCGGAAAGCCGUUUACAGAUCCGUCAGAGCCAACUUCCGAGCCGCAAGAUUAGCCACUUUGUACAUGCUGAAAAACUAUCCUCUGAACUCGGAGAGUGAUAAUGUGACCAACUACAUCUGUGUAGUCCCCUUUAAGGAGCUGGGACUGGGAUUGAGUGAAGAGCAGGUGUCAGAGGAGGAGGCCCAUAAUCUCACAGAUGGCUUCAGUCUGCCUGCAUUAAAGGUUCUGUUCCAACUGUGGGUAGGACAGAGUUCAGAGUUCUUCAGACGGCUAGCACUGCUCCUCUCUACCGCAAACGCACCCCCAGCCCCCUUGCUCACUCUCGCCCUUUUGCCCCACCGUAUUUUGCGCGAUGUGACUCAAGGCCUACCUCGUGCCCACGCCGCCUGCUUAGAAGAACUUAAACGCAGCUAUGAGUUCUAUCGGUACUUUGAAACUCAGCACCAGUCAGGGUCACAGCGCUUAUCCAAAACGAAGCCCAAGUCGAGAGAGCUGAACAACCUUCACGCGGCAGUGCGCAGCUUGCAGCUCCAUCUGAAAGCUUUGCUCAAUGAGGUAAUAAUCCUCGAAGAUGAGCUCGAAAAGUUUGUCGGUUCUAAAGAAACCCACGAACUAGGAUCAGAAGCCUACCACAUCCUAGAGCAAAAGCUAAAGCUGAUCCAGCCUCACGUGCAAGCAAGCAACAGCUGUUGGGAAGAAGCCAUUUCUCAGGUGGACAGAUUGGUACGGAGAAACGCAGGUACAAAAGGCAAACCUGAUGUGGCUUGUGAAAACUCACUUUGUGCCAUGGUACCUCCACUAAAGCCUGCCCUACAUAUAGAAGACAAGGAUCCAAUUCCUGAAGAGCAGGAAUUAGAAGCAUAUGUGGACAAUUCGGAAUUGGACCACGAGUUGGGGAGAGAAGAUUUUUAUUACUUGUCUCAAGAAGAUAGAGACAGACAGAAGCGGGAACGUGAAGAAUCCAGAAGAGUCCUUCAGGAAUUAAAAUCAGUUCUGGGAUUUAAAGCUUCAGAGACAGAGAGGCAGAAAUGGAAGCAGCUUCUAUUUAGCGAUCACGCCGUGAUGACACCCUUAUCUCCUGUAGACCCCGCGGAACCUGUAAGUACUUCAGAGUCACCUGUAAAUACAGAUACAGGGAGGGACUGUCAUAGAACAGAAGAUGACCCUGAAAAGGAAAAGACCGAACCCAACGUCACUCAGAAUGAGAGCGACGUAAGUCGGACUGAAUUUCAGUCGGAGAGUCCCCCGGUGGGAGAGGACAAAGGUGAUCCAGAUACCCCGGGUGAAGGGUUCUGCCCAGAGGCCGAAGGAAAAACGUGUUACCAGUGUGAAAGUGGAGGAGAGUCUGAGCAUCCGGGGACGGGGGACGUAGAGGAUUUCCUGCCGACGCUCAACGACUCAUUGAAACCCUCCGUCAAGCAGCGGCUGUCAAGGCUUCAUGCAUCCCCAGAUUUCACCUUCGCUUCUGGUCUCGCCGCCCAGGCGGCUGCUAGAUCGCUCACCUUUACUGCCAUGCAGGAGCAGACUUUUGGGGAUGAGGACGACGAAGAGCGGGAGGAGGAGUGGGUGAAGGGCAAGAAGGAGUGGGUGGAUCGAAGAGAGGAAGUGGUCAAAGAAGAGCAGCAUAGGAGUUGGAGAAAUGAAAACGGGGUGGAAGAAAUUAAAAAUCAAGAUUCAGGGGCAGAAGAUGAAUGACUAUGUCUAACGGGCAUUUAGACCAUGUUGAGUUAGCAUCUUGAUGAGAUCAAGAUAGGAAGUGUUCCGUGAAAGGAAGAUGGACCUGAGAAAAUCCCGGUUGGGAAACCCAUCUACGUGUGAUGCAUUUGGCUACUGUAAGUGGACUCGUCCCAUUCCUGUGGGCAUGAAGCAAAAUGGAAUGGUAAGAGCUGGCCUGAAAAUGAAACAAAAGAAAAAAAAAAAACGCCCGAACUAGUGGGUCUUGGAGAGUCUUUCAAAACUUUAUCACUUUUAAUGAGAAAUGCAUUUUUCUCGUCUUACCUGAACUCCCUACCCUGAAUAACAAUGUCAGUUGUAAAGGCAGUAUGAUUCUCUUUCAAAGAACGUAAGCCUAAAGGGUGGCCCCUUUUUACUACCUUUAUUUUGUGGUCAGUAACUGCCUCCUAAAGUCAAUGACUAGUUAUCCCGAAUUGGCUCAUUGCCCACCUAAAAUGAAGGUGUAGGUUUUACAUGAAAAUAUUCAGCAAUCCCCACGGUUGGUGUGUAUUGGGGUCAGAAAGUAGUUCCAAGUUCAUGGGGCUAUGAUGCAAUAUUUAUUUUGUACAUAUGUGUUUUUUAUAGGAAAAUGUGAAGUUGGAGUUCAUUUUCAUUUUGAAAAA